AUGGCUGCCAUCCUCAUUAUCUUCAAAGGGGCCAAAGCUCAACAUGACCAGCACUUCCUCAAAGCUGUUACCACAGAGGAAGAUGUAGCAAUUACCUUCCAGGAGCACAGAGUUGUUCUCAGGAGAACUGGCUGCGGUUCUGUGCCCGGGGCAAGGGGCCGUGAGGUGCUGAGCCUUUGCACAACAAAGCGCCGGGGACGAGCGGCCCAGGCGGGGACACUCGCAGGCACAGCAGCUUUUGAAGGAAAUUAUUGGUCCUCCAUUUUUUACCAAAACCAGAAAGAAUCUCUGCAACGAAUCAGACCUUCAGGACAGAACAGAAGUGUGGAAGAGGAGUACUUUUUGCCAACAGUUUUGAGCAAGGACUCCUGUUCUACCUGGGGAGGAGGGCAUUUUUCAACCUUUGAUAAGUACCAGUAUGACUUCACUGGGACUUGCAACUACAUCUUUGCAACUGUAUGUGAUGAGACCAGCCCAGACUUCAACAUUCAAUUCCGUCGUGGGCUCGACAAAAAAAUUUCAAGGAUCAUUAUUGAGCUUGGACCUUCUGUUGUCAUUGUUGAGAAAGGCAGCAUUUCAGUCGGGAGUGUUGGUGUCAUUCAGUUGCCUUACACCAGCAAUGGAAUCCAGAUAGCGCCUUAUGGACGCAACAUCCGCCUGGUAGCCAAGCUGAUGGAGAUGGAACUGGUGGUCAUGUGGAACAAUGAUGACUACCUCAUGGUUUUGGCUGAAAAAAAAUACAUGGGGAAAACAUGUGGAAUGUGUGGGAACUAUGAUGGUUAUGAACUGAAUGAAUUUGUGCGUGAAGGUAAAUUGCUGGAUACAUAUAAAUUUGCUGCAAUGCAAAAAAUGGAUGAUCCAUCAGAGAUCUGCCUGUCCGAGGAGAUACCAAUUUCCACCAUUCCUCACAAAAAAUAUGCCAUGAUCUGCUCUCAGCUACUUAAUUUGGUGUCCCCAACCUGCAGUGUGCCCAAGGAUAGGUUUGUCAUUCGUUGCCAGCUCGAUAUGCAGGACUGCAGUGAGCCGGGACAAAACAAUUGCACUUGCUCUACACUGUCAGAGUAUUCCAGGCAAUGUGCUAUGUCACACCAAAUGGUGUUCAACUGGAGAACUGAAAACUUCUGCUCUGUGGGAAAAUGUUCAGUGAACCAAAUCUAUGAGGAAUGUGGUUCUCCAUGUAUUAAAACCUGUUCCAAUCCAGAGUACAGCUGUUCCAGUCACUGCACCUAUGGCUGCUUUUGUCCAGAAGGAACUGUUCUUGAUGAUAUCUCGAAGAAUCGGACAUGUGUUCACAUUAGCCAGUGUCCAUGUACAUUGAAUGGGAAAACAUAUGCUCCUGGUGAGACAAUGAAAGCAGCUUGUAGGACCUGUGAAUGUGUGAUGGGUCAGUGGAACUGCAAAGACUUGCCCUGCCCUGGAAGGUGUUCACUGGAAGGAGGGUCCUUUGUUACCACGUUUGAUUCAAGGCCGUAUCGAUUCCAUGGGGUUUGCACUUAUGUUCUUAUGAAGAGUUCCAGCCUGCCACACAAUGGAACCCUGAUGGCUGUUUAUGAAAAGACUGGUUAUUCUCAUUCUGAGACAUCACUUAGUGCUAUAAUUUACCAAUCUACAAAGGACAAAAUUGUGAUUUCUCAAAAUGAUCUCCUUACUGAUGAUGCUGAACUUAAGCGGCUGCCUUACAGAUCAGGAGACAUCACUGUUUUCAGGCAGUCCUCCAUGUACGUUCAGAUGCACACAAACUUUGGGCUGGAACUGGCAGUUCAAACAGCACCUGUGUUCCAGGCCUAUGUGAAAGUUGGAUCACAAUUCAAAGGCAGAACACUAGGUUUGUGUGGCAAUUACAAUGGAGACACCACAGAUGACUUCAUGACUAGCAUGGAUAUCACUGAAGGGACAGCCUCCCUGUUUGUAGAUUCCUGGAGGGCAGGAAAUUGCCAGCCUGCCUUAGAGAGAGAGACUGACCCUUGCUCUUUGAGCCAACUGAACAAAAUAUCUGCUGAGACUCAUUGCUCCAUUCUGACCAAGAAGGGUACAGUGUUUGAGAAAUGCCAUGCUGUGGUGAACCCUAUUCCCUUCUACAAGAGAUGUGUCUACCAAGCCUGUAAUUAUGAAGAGACCUUUCCUUAUAUAUGUUCUGCUCUGGGAUCGUAUGCACGAGCAUGCAGUUCCAUGGGUUUAAUCCUUGAGAGCUGGAGGAGCAGUAUGGACAAUUGCACCAUUACUUGCACUGGCAAUCAAACAUUCAGCUACAACACUCAGGCAUGUGACAGGACAUGCUUGUCACUCUCCAACCGAGCCCUGGAAUGCCAUCCAACUGAUAUUCCUGUUGAAGGUUGCCAGUGUCCUAAAGGAUUGUACCUGAACCACAAGAAUGAGUGUGUUCGUAAAUCUCAUUGUCCUUGCUACUUAGAGGACAGAAAGUUCAUCCUGCCUGACCAGUCAACAAUGACUGGUGGGAUCACCUGCUACUGUGUUAAUGGGAGGCUAAGUUGCACAGGAAAACCUCAAAAUCCUGCAGAAAGCUGCAAAGCUCCUAAGAAAUACAUAUCAUGUUCUGACAAUUUAGAAAACAAGUAUGGAGCUGCAUGUGCCCCUACCUGUCAGAUGCUGGCUACUGGAAUUGAAUGUAUACCCACGAAGUGUGAAUCAGGCUGUGUCUGUGCUGAUGGUCUCUAUGAAAAUCUCGAUGGCAGGUGUGUGCCAGCUGAGGAGUGUCCAUGUGAAUACGGUGGCCUUGCUUAUGGAAGAGGUGAACAAAUCCAGACUGAAUGUGAGAUCUGCACUUGCACAAAAGGCAAAUGGAAAUGUGUUCAGAAAACAAGGUGUUCCUCCACCUGCAAUCUGUAUGGAGAAGGCCACAUCACCACCUUUGAUGGACAGCGUUUUGUGUUUGAUGGCAACUGUGAAUACAUAUUAGCUACGGAUGGCUGCAGUGUUAACAGACCCAUUUCCUCCUUCAAAAUUGUUACUGAGAAUGUCAUCUGUGGGAAAUCAGGAGUUACGUGCUCCAGAUCCAUCAGCAUUUACCUUGGGAAUCUGACAAUCAUACUGAGAGAUGAAACCUUUGCUAUUUCUGGGGAAAAUCCUGGUGUACAUUACAAAGUGAUAAAGAACGCCCUUCACCUGAUGUUUGAUAUCAUUAUCCCAGGAAAAUACAAUAUGACCCUUAUUUGGAAUAAGCACAUGAACUUUUUCAUCAAGAUCUCCAGAGAAACACAGGAAACAAUCUGUGGUUUGUGUGGGAACUAUAAUGGCAACAUGAAGGAUGACUUUGAAACUCGAAGCAAAUAUGUGGCAUCAAAUGAGCUGGAAUUUGUCAACUCUUGGAAAGAGAAUCCUCUCUGUGGGGAUGUGUACUUUGUAGUGGACCCCUGUAGCAAGAACCCUUAUCGUAAAGCAUGGGCAGAAAAGACAUGUUCCGUCAUCAACAGCCAAGUUUUUUCUGCCUGUCACAAUAAGGUGAAUCGGAUGCCCUACUAUGAGGCCUGUGUGCGAGACUCGUGUGGGUGUGACAUUGGAGGGGACUGUCAGUGCAUGUGUGACUCCAUUGCAGUCUAUGCCAUGGCCUGCUUGGAAAAAGGCAUCUGCAUUGACUGGAGGACACCUGAGUUCUGUCCUGUCUAUUGUGAGUAUUACAAUUCUCAUAAAAGAACAGGAAUUGAUGAUGCUUUUUCCCGUGGCUACAAUGAUGACAAAUGCUACUGGCACUACAGGCCUUGUAACUGUCCAAAUCAAAACUACAAAUAUGUCAAUAUGGAAGGCUGUUACAACUGCUCUCAUGAUGAAUACUUUGACCAUGAAGAGGAAAGGUGCAUGCCAUGUGGACAAGUAAACGUUACCACCACACCCGAACCAUCUUCUCCUUCACCAGUAACAACAGUGCAGCCUAAAGUAACAAAGAGCUCUACCACAAGCACACUACCAACAGAACCUAGUACUUCUUCUGCAACAGCUGUAUCCGUUGGGACUACUGAGACUACAAAUCCAACAAUAACUGCAAAAAUUACAAUUCCAAGAACUUCACCCUCACAACCUCUUGUCACAAUCAAGUCAACAACUGAACAUACAACAUCAAUUUUUACCACACCAAACAUGACUACAACCAUCACUACCCCUUCCAUAACUACCUCAAUGAAAAGAACCUUGGCUACUACACCAAAGUCUGUUCCCUCAUCACCUUUUGCCUCAUCAACCACUGCUUCAACAGAGACCGAGCAAGCAGGGAUCACCUCACCACCCUUCAAGACCACCACCAAAAGGGAGAUGGCAACCUCCUCAAUACCUACUCAAACCAAAACUCGGAGCACAACUUUCAGCCAGCCUAAACUAACAACAGCAGAGAGUGAGGGAACCGAAGCAACCACUCUGCACUACCCAGAAGUUGUCACCCACAUAAGAACAACGUUGACACCGCCUGUGCAGCACCUUGUCACACAGACACAGACCACCCCUGCCACAUCCAUCAGCAGCACCUCUGUCCUGAGAGAGACCAGCCCUGCCACCAGGCCACAAGUUCCACUGACAAGGACAUUUCCAAGCUCCAGCUCUUCGCUUGUCACCUCAGCCUCGUCUGCUUCUUCCCUCUCCUCAACCCAGCUGGGAACAUCAUAUCCUGCUUACACCCGUGAACAGUCAACUGUACCACACAUUAGGACACCUGUGACCACACACAAGACCAGCACAGCCACCUCCAUCAGCAGCACCUCCAAGACCUCUGUCUCCACAGGGCCCAGCCCAGCAAGCAGCACAGGAGCCCCUCUGGAAACAACCUCUGCCCAUGCCAGCUCUCCACCUGCCCCCAGCAGCCCGCUCAGCACAAGGCUGCCAUCCACUGCCACCACUUCCACUGGCUCCUCCACAGCAGCUGCCAGCACCAGCCCCAGGCCUACACCUACAACCCUGAGGCCCAGGCCCUCUUCCCCAGCAACCCAAGCUGCAAAGGAGUCUCCUGUAACAGAGUCCUCUGCACCCACCACAGCUAAAACCAGCACGCUGCCACAACCUGCUUCUUCUCCCUCCUCAACUGUGUCCUCAACAUGGCUCAGCUCCUCACAGCCUGCCUUCACCCAUGAAGAGUCAGCUGUGCCACACACUGGGACACCUGUGACCACACACAAGACCAGCACAGCCACCUCCAUCAGCAGCACCUCCAAGACCUCUGUCUCCACAGGGCCCAGCCCAGCAAGCAGCACAGGAGCCCCUCUGGAAACAACCUCUGCCCAUGCCAGCUCUCCACCUGCCCCCAGCAGCCCGCUCAGCACAAGGCUGCCAUCCACUGCCACCACUUCCACUGGCUCCUCCACAGCAGCUGCCAGCACCAGCCCCAGGCCUACACCUACAACCCUGAGGCCCAGGCCCUCUUCCCCAGCAACCCAAGCUGCAAAGGAGUCUCCUGUAACAGAGUCCUCUACAGUCACCACAGCCAAAACCAGCACUCUGCCACAACCUGCUUCUUCUCCCUCCUCAACUGUGUCCUCAACAUGGCUCAGCUCCUCACAGCCUGCCUUCACCCAUGAAGAGUCAGCUGUGCCACACACUGGGACACCUGUGACCACACACAAGACCAGCACAGCCACCUCCAUCAGCAGCACCUCCAAGACCUCUGUCUCCACAGGGCCCAGCCCAGCAAGCAGCACAGGAGCCCCUCUGGAAACAACCUCUGCCCAUGCCAGCUCUCCACCUGCCCCCAGCAGCCCGCUCAGCACAAGGCUGCCAUCCACUGCCACCACUUCCACUGGCUCCUCCACAGCAGCUGCCAGCACCAGCCCCAGGCCUACACCUACAACCCUGAGGCCCAGGCCCUCUUCCCCAGCAACCCAAGCUGCAAAGGAGUCUCCUGUAACAGAGUCCUCUGCACCCACCACAGCCAAAACCAGCACUCUGCCACAACCUGCUUCUUCUCCCUCCUCAACUGUGUCCUCAACAUGGCUCAGCUCCUCACAGCCUGUCUUCACCCAUGAAGAGUCAGCUGUGCCACACACUGGGACACCUGUGACCACACACAAGACCAGCACAGCCACCUCCAUCAGCAGCACCUCCAAGACCUCUGUCUCCACAGGGCCCAGCCCAGCAAGCAGCACAGGAGCCCCUCUGGAAACAACCUCUGCCCAUGCCAGCUCUCCACCUGCCCCCAGCAGCCCGCUCAGCACAAGGCUGCCAUCCACUGCCACCACUUCCACUGGCUCCUCCACAGCAGCUGCCAGCACCAGCCCCAGGCCUACACCUACAACCCUGAGGCCCAGGCCCUCUUCCCCAGCAACCCAAGCUGCAAAGGAGUCUCCUGUAACAGAGUCCUCUGCAUCCACCACAGCCAAAACCAGCACGCUGCCACAACCUGCUUCUUCUCCCUCCUCAACUGUGUCCUCAACAUGGCUCAGCUCCUCACAGCCUGUCUUCACCCAUGAAGAGUCAGCUGUGCCACACACUGGGACACCUGUGACCACACACAAGACCAGCACAGCCACCUCCAUCAGCAGCACCUCCAAGACCUCUGUCUCCACAGGGCCCAGCCCAGCAAGCAGCACAGGAGCCCCUCUGGAAACAACCUCUGCCCAUGCCAGCUCUCCACCUGCCCCCAGCAGCCCGCUCAGCACAAGGCUGCCAUCCACUGCCACCACUUCCACUGGCUCCUCCACAGCAGCUGCCAGCACCAGCCCCAGGCCUACACCUACAACCCUGAGGCCCAGGCCCUCUUCCCCAGCAACCCAAGCUGCAAAGGAGUCUCCUGUAACAGAGUCCUCUGCAUCCACCACAGCCAAAACCAGCACGCUGCCACAACCUGCUUCUUCUCCCUCCUCAACUGUGUCCUCAACAUGGCUCAGCUCCUCACAGCCUGUAUCCACCCACAAAGUGCCACAUGCUGAGACAGCUGUAACCACAGAGAAGACCACGGCCACCACCUCCAUCAGCAGCACCUCCAAGACCUCUGUCUCCACAGGGCCCAGCCCAGCAAGCAGCACAGGAGCCCCUCUGGAAACAACCUCUGCCCAUGCCAGCUCUCCACCUGCCCCCAGCAGCCCGCUCAGCACAAGGCUGCCAUCCACUGCCACCACUUCCACUGGCUCCUCCACAGCAGCUGCCAGCACCAGCCCCAGGCCUACACCUACAACCCUGAGGCCCAGGCCCUCUUCCCCAGCAACCCAAGCUGCAAAGGAGUCUCCUGUAACAGAGUCCUCUGCACCCACCACAGCCAAAACCAGCACUCUGCCACAACCUGCUUCUUCUCCCUCCUCAACUGUGUCCUCAACAUGGCUCAGCUCCUCACAGCCUGCCUUCACCCAUGAAGAGUCAGCUGUGCCACACACUGGGACACCUGUGACCACACACAAGACCAGCACAGCCACCUCCAUCAGCAGCACCUCCAAGACCUCUGUCUCCACAGGGCCCAGCCCAGCAAGCAGCACAGGAGCCCCUCUGGAAACAACCUCUGCCCAUGCCAGCUCUCCACCUGCCCCCAGCAGCCCGCUCAGCACAAGGCUGCCAUCCACUGCCACCACUUCCACUGGCUCCUCCACAGCAGCUGCCAGCACCAGCCCCAGGCCUACACCUACAACCCUGAGGCCCAGGCCCUCUUCCCCAGCAACCCAAGCUGCAAAGGAGUCUCCUGUAACAGAGUCCUCUGCAUCCACCACAGCCAAAACCAGCACGCUGCCACAACCUGCUUCUUCUCCCUCCUCAACUGUGUCCUCAACAUGGCUCAGCUCCUCACAGCCUGCCUUCACCCACGAAGUGCCACAUGCUGAGACAGCUGUAACCACAGAGAAGACCACGGCCACCACCUCCAUCAGCAGCACCUCCAAGACCUCUGUCUCCACAGGGCCCAGCCCAGCAAGCAGCACAGGAGCCCCUCUGGAAACAACCUCUGCCCAUGCCAGCUCUCCACCUGCCCCCAGCAGCCCGCUCAGCACAAGGCUGCCAUCCACUGCCACCACUUCCACUGGCUCCUCCACAGCAGCUGCCAGCACCAGCCCCAGGCCUACACCUACAACCCUGAGGCCCAGGCCCUCUUCCCCAGCAACCCAAGCUGCAAAGGAGUCUCCUGUAACAGAGUCCUCUGCAUCCACCACAGCCAAAACCAGCACGCUGCCACAACCUGCUUCUUCUCCCUCCUCAACUGUGUCCUCAACAUGGCUCAGCUCCUCACAGCCUGUAUCCACCCACAAAGUGCCACAUGCUGAGACAGCUGUAACCACAGAGAAGACCACGGCCACCACCUCCAUCAGCAGCACCUCCAAGACCUCUGUCUCCACAGGGCCCAGCCCAGCAAGCAGCACAGGAGCCCCUCUGGAAACAACCUCUGCCCAUGCCAGCUCUCCACCUGCCCCCAGCAGCCCGCUCAGCACAAGGCUGCCAUCCACUGCCACCACUUCCACUGGCUCCUCCACAGCAGCUGCCAGCACCAGCCCCAGGCCUACACCUACAACCCUGAGGCCCAGGCCCUCUUCCCCAGCAACCCAAGCUGCAAAGGAGUCUCCUGUAACAGAGUCCUCUGCAUCCACCACAGCCAAAACCAGCACGCUGCCACAACCUGCUUCUUCUCCCUCCUCAACUGUGUCCUCAACAUGGCUCAGCUCCUCACAGCCUGCCUUCACCCAUGAAGAGUCAGCUGUGCCACACACUGGGACACCUGUGACCACACACAAGACCAGCACAGCCACCUCCAUCAGCAGCACCUCCAAGACCUCUGUCUCCACAGGGCCCAGCCCAGCAAGCAGCACAGGAGCCCCUCUGGAAACAACCUCUGCCCAUGCCAGCUCUCCACCUGCCCCCAGCAGCCCGCUCAGCACAAGGCUGCCAUCCACUGCCACCACUUCCACUGGCUCCUCCACAGCAGCUGCCAGCACCAGCCCCAGGCCUACACCUACAACCCUGAGGCCCAGGCCCUCUUCCCCAGCAACCCAAGCUGCAAAGGAGUCUCCUGUAACAGAGUCCUCUACAGUCACCACAGCCAAAACCAGCACUCUGCCACAACCUGCUUCUUCUCCCUCCUCAACUGUGUCCUCAACAUGGCUCAGCUCCUCACAGCCUGUCUUCACCCAUGAAGAGUCAGCUGUGCCACACACUGGGACACCUGUGACCACACACAAGACCAGCACAGCCACCUCCAUCAGCAGCACCUCCAAGACCUCUGUCUCCACAGGGCCCAGCCCAGCAAGCAGCACAGGAGCCCCUCUGGAAACAACCUCUGCCCAUGCCAGCUCUCCACCUGCCCCCAGCAGCCCGCUCAGCACAAGGCUGCCAUCCACUGCCACCACUUCCACUGGCUCCUCCACAGCAGCUGCCAGCACCAGCCCCAGGCCUACACCUACAACCCUGAGGCCCAGGCCCUCUUCCCCAGCAACCCAAGCUGCAAAGGAGUCUCCUGUAACAGAGUCCUCUACAGUCACCACAGCCAAAACCAGCACUCUGCCACAACCUGCUUCUUCUCCCUCCUCAACUGUGUCCUCAACAUGGCUCAGCUCCUCACAGCCUGCCUUCACCCAUGAAGAGUCAGCUGUGCCACACACUGGGACACCUGUGACCACACACAAGACCAGCACAGCCACCUCCAUCAGCAGCACCUCCAAGACCUCUGGCUCCACAGGGCCCAGCCCAGCAAGCAGCACAGGAGCCCCUCUGGAAACAACCUCUGCCCAUGCCAGCUCUCCACCUGCCCCCAGCAGCCCGCUCAGCACAAGGCUGCCAUCCACUGCUACGUCUCCAUUCUCUUCUGCUUUGGCACCAACUGUCAGCACAAUGUCUGUGCCUACAUCCCUGACUACUUCCACAUUUAGGUCUGCUGAGAGCACCACACAUUCUUACUUCCAAAACACCACAUCGAAUCCAUAUGGCAAAACAUCUUCAUUAGCUGUCCCUACCAGUGUCUCUGCCCAGUCCAGGCCAGCAUUGAUCCCAACUGUUUUAUCUACAACCAUUACCUUUGUUCCCCAUGUUAUCACUACAGCUUCUACAGAGUCUGUUGAAAGGAGCUCUCUGCAAACAACAACACUGACCACUGCCCGCACGACAUCAUCUCCUCUCACCUCUGGACUUUCAACAUCCCUGUCCUCUGUUGUGCCAUCAACAGUGCCACACGAGCCUUGUAGAGAACUUGAAUAUGAAGAAGAAAUAACUUACAAAGGCUGUUCCACAAAUGUCACUUUGAGCCGAUGUGAAGGAUCAUGUCCAUCUUCAACAAAGCUGGAUGUUGAGAAGAUGACUGUCACCACAGCAUGUGGCUGCUGUAGGCCACUUGAACUUCUUAAGAAGCAGUUCCAACUACCAUGCCAAGACCCAGAUAACCCUGGAAGGAAGCUCACCACAGAAAUAAUUAUAUUUAGUGGCUGCAUGUGUAACUUUGACAGUUGUACACAGUAGCCAGACCUGAUGGCUGCAGAUACCAUUUUUUGUAAUUAAACCCUGAUCACAAGUUAAUCCUUCCACAGCUCGUUUCUGGGUUCUCUUGUACUGAUUACACAGGACAGCCUUGCUGUCAGGCUGCCUGAGCAGCUGCCUGGACUACCAAUGGAGUUACCAGAUAAAUUAUUCCUGAUCAGGAGCAGGGUGGGGUGCAGAGGAGGAAAGAAAGACCAGGCACAGAAAUGAAGAACAGGCUCGGGGUGGGGAUCAGCAGGGAAGACAAUAAACUGUUUGGCCUUGUUCAGGGUGAUUUAUUUAACCAGAGGCUAAAACCUGGCCCAUGCACUGGGCAGUAACAAAAAUCCAAUG